UUCGGUUCGAUUCGGUCCAGUCCGGUUCGGUUCGGUUCCGGUUCGGUUCGCGGUGCGGGGUGCGGAUGAAGAUCGCGAUCUUCGGAGCCACCGGCAGAACCGGGCGGGUCACGCUGGGGCUGGCGCUGGAGCAGGGGUUCGAGGUGACCGUGCUGGUCCGGGACCCCUCCCGGCGGCCCCCCGGCCCCGCCCCCGCCCGGGUGCUCGUUGGGGACGCUCGGGACCCGCGGGCGGUGGGCGAGGCCCUGAGGGGCCAGGAGGGGGCGCUGAUCGUGCUGGGCACCGGAAGUGACCUCGGCCCCACCACGGUGAUGUCCGAGGGCACCAAAACCAUCCUGGAGGCCAUGGCCGAGCACGGCGUGCGCAAGGUGGUGGCGUGUCUGUCCGCGUUCCUGCUGUGGGACCCGGCGCGCGUCCCCGAGCGGCUGCGGGCGGUGACCGAGGACCACCGGGGCAUGGAGCGGCUCCUGCGCGGCUCGGGGCUGCCCGCGGUGCUCGUGAUGCCGCCGCACAUCGCGGUGGAUCAGCCGCACGGGGACUACGAGGUGACCGGGAGGGGGGGGGGCGGGGGGGGCGGGGGGGGGCUCCUCUGGUGUGAUCUCGCGGAUCUCGGCCACUUCCUGCUGCGCUGCCUCCGCGGCGACGAGUUCGACGGCAAGAGCGUCUACGUCAGCCGGCACUACGGCAAGGAGUAGGGAUCCACCAGGAUGCGCCGGGGGAAUCUGCUGGGAUUGGUCUGGGAUCUGCUGGGAUCUGCUGGAAUCCACGGGGAUCUGAUGGAAUUUGGUGGGAUCUGGGACUGGGAUCUGGGGCCAGGAUCUGCUGGGAUCCACCGGGAUCCACCAG